AUGCCACUCUUGGGGUCAGCCAGGAGAUAUGAAGACCUGAUUAAGCUCCAGAACAAGCGACAGCACAACCUAGAUCAGGAUUACAGUUUUGACAAAUGGGGUACACUCAACAAGAAGGUUGCUCAGCGGGCUGUUACUCUCCACACAGAUCUACAGGAUACUGAAAAAAUGCACGACACCUUAGAGUCCUUACUAAGCUGGAUCUCAGACAUUGACGCAUUGAUGGCAAAUCAGAAGCCACCUUCCUCAGAAGUUAAGGUCGUAAAAGCCCAGCUCCAAGAACAAAAGCUUUUGAAGCGACUCCUAGAAGAGAGGAGACCAAGCAUUGAAGUGGUUUUGCAGAGUCAGCAUUAUUCAGGAAGAGAUGAAGAAAAUCAGGUCCAGGAAGUGUCUGAACUCCAGGAUCGUUGGAAGUCCCUUUUGCAAAAGGCUGACCAGAGAUUCUGCUUCCUGGAACAGAUACUCCCAGCGGCUCAGUGCUUCCAGGAAUCAGUUGACUCAUUCCAGGAGUGGCUAAAUGUGACAGAACAACACCUUGCUGAACUGCGAGCCACAUACAGGAACAUUGAAAAAGCUCAAGAAACUCUUGAAAGUAUUAAGAUCUUGUGUGAGGAGAUUAAAUCCAGAACAGGACUGUUAGAUGACGUUCAAGAGAACGGAAAGAAACUUCAGCAACUGAUCUCAGAUGAAGAGUUUCAGGUGACCCAAGAGCGCAUGGACUGUUUAAAGGUGAGGUACUUCAUUGUGAGCCAGAACAGUGCAGAAAUGUUGGAGCAGUUGCAAUAUACACUAGAAGCAUCAUGUCGGAUGGACUCCAGUGCAGAGGAUCUGAGCUUGUGGCUAGGACGGCUGGAGAGAGAGUUGGCAUUAAUGAAGUCAGACAGCGGAAAAGGAGCACAGGCAUUGAAUUUUACAGACAACCAGAAGUUUGAGCAGGUUAUUGAAACAGAGCUCACCCACUUACUCAAGAUUGAAGAACGUCUGCAGGGACUCACUAAGAUCUGUCUAAACCUGGAUGUCAUCUCUUCUCAGCUUUAUGAUCAGAAGAUAUUGUCACUGGAGAUUCUGCAACAUAAAGGUAUUGUGGAAAGGCUACAACACGUUGGGGAUGUCUCACUAGACUUCCGGCCAGAGUCCAGCAGGGAGACUGUAAAGGCUAAACUGGACUCUCUCAGUGAGCGAUGCCAGCAAGUUUAUCUUCGGAACUCAACCUGUAUAGUACAGCUGGAGCAUGCUCACAGCCUUCUGGGGCAGUUUGCAGAAACAGAGGGGGAGCUCACUGUGUGGCUGGAUGAAAGUCAGGUACUCAUUGGUCAGUUAUCCACCCAAUUUGUGAGUCACCGAGAACUCAAAGAACAACAAGACAUAUUACAGGAAGUCCGAGAAGCAGUUGCAGAGCAUAAACCUUUGCUAAGUAAGCUGAAAUCUGUGAGCAGUCGACUAACAGACUUGAAUUCUGAGGAGGGGGUACAAUAUCAGGAUAGAUGUAAAUCUGCAGAGGAAUGCUAUAACCAUAUUAAAGAAAGACUGAGAGAGAGCACCACUGUUCUUGAGGAGGCUAUACCACGAUAUACACAGCUCACUGAACGAAUGGACCAUCUGACAGAGUGCCUUGAGGGAUUGCAAGAGAAGUUCUCCAAGCCAUGCUUGAUCAGAGGAGAAUCAGCAAGAAUUCAGGAACAAAUCCAUGACAACAAGCUGCUGAGCGCAGAGCUGCAGAAGCUGGGUGUGGCACUCAACACAAUUCGUACUCAGGGAACAGAAUUCCCUUCAAGCUGUCAAACAGCCAGUGGGGAUCCUACAGCAAAAGCCAUACAAGACAAGGUGAACCAGCUGGAUCAGUGUUGGGCCAAACUCUGUGAUCAGUCACAGGAGAGGGAACAAUGGCUCGUUCACUUGCUGAACCUUGCUGAGAGGUUCUGGCAUGACCUAGCAGAGCUUGCUGUGGCUCUGACUGACACCCAGCAGAUGGUCUUAGAUAUGGAUGAGGCUGGCUCUGAUCCAGAGACAAUCAGACAAAGGCUGAAUGCCAUGCAGACCCUGAGAGAAGACAUUGAUAAUCUACAAUCAGACCUUGAUACCCUUGGAAUUCUGGGAGUAGAGCUGAUGUCAUCCUGUGGUGAUAUGGAGAAACCUGAUGUCACCAGACGUUUGGACGAACUGUAUGCUAUUUGGGGCCACCUAAACAAAGUUUGGUCUGAGCGCUGUGACAGAAUGGAGAAGGACCUUCAGUCUGCCGUGGCAUACCAGGAAACCAUGCAGGGAAUGUUUGAAUGGCUGAACUCAGCAGAGACAAGAAUCUCUCAGGAUUUCCUUGUUGGAGUAGAUUUGGAGACAGUAACACAGCAAUUAUGUGAUCUAAAGGUGUUCAAGCGUGAGGUGUACCAGCAAAAAAUUGAAAUGGAGAGCCUAAACCUUCACAGACUGCAUGGGGUAGAUGAGCCAGAAGGGGCUGAACCACCCCUGUAUAUCUUCCGACAGCGAUGGGACAAGCUAGAAGAGGAAGUUGUCAGUAGACAGCAUCAGUUGGAAUCUGCGCUGCUUGGACUGGGUCAGUUCCAGAACACCUUGGAUGAACUUUUGGCCUGGCUAUCCCACACUGCAGAGCUACUGCAAAACUCACAACAGCUCAGCCUUGACCUUCAGUCUUGUGAAAUUGAGUUAGCCAAACACCGGGUUUUGAGGAAUGAUGUUAUGUCUCACCAACAAACUGUUGAGUCCCUAUGUCGUGCUGGCCAAGACUUGUUGAAGUCAAGUGCUAAUGACAAUGCUGAGAUGCUGGAAACCAGCCUGAAACAGCUCAGUGAACAAUGGGAGUGUGUGCGGAGUGAGACAGAAAGGAGACAGUUGGAACUGGAGAAUAAUCUCAGCCAGGUUCAAGAUGUUACAAUGGAAAUUCAGGACCUCCUGCAGUGGCUAGAACAAGUGGAUUUGAGGUUGUCCUUUUCCAAGCAGGCUUGGGGUCCCCCUGAUACAGCCAAAGAGCGACUUACUGUACACCUGGAGCUGUGUGAAGCGAUGGAGGCUAAGCUGCAUAUGUUCAACAAUCUGAGAGACACAAUCCACAGGCUGCUUAACAACCGUGAUAUUCCACGUGGUUCCAACACAGAGCACAGCUUGUGCAUCCUCGAGCAGAAGUGGGAAGUUGUGCAGGCCAAACUCCAAGAAAGAAAGAGGAAGUUAACCGAGGGCCUAACACUGGCCACUGAGUUCCAUAACACUGUUCAGGACCUCCUUAAAUGGAUGGCACAAACAGAAGGAAAUCUUGCUGCUUUACCCCCACCGAGCCUCAUUCUGGAGACAGUCAACAACCAAAUACAAGAGCACAAGGUUUUGGUAGCAGAGGUCAAAUCAUACAAUGAAAAGCUAUCAGCCUUGGAAAGUGAGUCAUGUCAACUGAAAGAAUUUAGCCGAGAACAAGACUGCACAGUAAUUCUCAAUCUCCUAGUUACAGUUCAGGAUCGCUGGGGGAAAGUAUUCCAAAGCACCACUAGGAGGGGACAGGUACUGGAAGAGGCCAGGAAGCGUGCCAAACAGUUUAGUGAAUCCCGGCAGCUUCUGUUAGACUGGAUGGAUGAGGCAGAACUGAAUCUGGAGAACAACAAGGAAAUCGCAGUGAACCAUGAUGAAAUUAAACAGCAGUUGGUACAACACAAGGAAUUUCAGAAGUUUCUGCGCUCCAAACGUCCUGUCUAUGAAGCAACACUAAAAAGUGGCCGAUCGCUGAGGGAGAAGGCUCAGAUCCUUGCAGACAGCCAGCAACUGGGAGAACUAAUAGCUGAGCUGAAGGAUAAAUGGGAUACUCUCUGUGGAAAAGCAAUGGAAAGACAGCACAAGCUGGAAGAAGCUCUUCUGUUUUCAGGAAGAUUUACAGAUGCCUUACAAGCUCUCAUGGACUGGUUGUAUGGAAUAGAGCCCCAGAUGUCUGAGGAAAUGCCUAUUGGAGGGGAUCGGGACCUUGUGAAUAAUCUCAUUGACAAACACAAGGAUUUUCAGAAAGAGCUAGGAAAACGUGCUGGCUGCAUGAAGACUCUGAAACGCUCAGUGAGAGAUCUGACUAAAGGUAACACCAGUGCUGACUCACAGUGGCUCCAGGAACAGAUGGAAGAACUGGACAACCGGUGGGAGACCGUCUGCAGUCUUUCUGUCUCCAAGCAAACCCGACUAGAGGCUGCACUCAGACAGGCUGAAGAAUUCCACUCAUUGGUGCAGUCUUUCCUGGAACGUCUGUCUGAAUCAGAGAGAACGCUCAAGUAUGGAGCCAUUCCUGAAGAAGAAAGUGCACUCUUGGAAUUUCAUAAACAGCAUCAGGAGAUCCUCAAAACUCUAGAGUGUCAGCAGAUGGAGUUGGAAUGCAUUGCCUCCCUUGGAGAGGAGAUCUUGUCUGCCUGUCACCCUGAUGCAGUUAUCACCAUCAAAUCCUGGCUCAGCAUUACUAAAACACGCUUCCAAGAGGUCCAAACAUGGGCUCAGCAACAAGAAGAUCGAACACAGGCAGCUCUCUCUUCACUAUCAGCUGAACGAGAGGAAGUCAACAGGCUUAUUGAAUGGAUCUUAGCAGCAGAGGAGUCUCUGACACUAAGGAACCAAGAACCUUUUCCUGAUGAUAUGGGACAGAUGGAGGAGCUGAUCAUGCAACAUAAGAUAUUUAUGGAAGAAGUGACUCACAAGCAGAUAGAAGUAGAGAAGGCAACAAAGUCUUGCAAAAAGAAAAUAGUAGUAGAACCCCAGCUACCUCAAACUCGCAGAACUUCGUCAAAGCGAAGAUGUACUGUAAAAUCCCAGAACACAUUCCCUGUGCCUUUUGAACACCUUGAGCCACAAAACCCUCACUUAUGCCAUCUGCUUAGCAAAUGGCAGCAACUCUGGUUCCUGACUUUGGACAGACAGAGUCGGCUGCAAGACAGACUUCAAAGACUCUGUGAGCUGCAGGAAUUUGCCAAUUUUGACUUCAGCAUCUGGAGGAAAAGAUACAUGCAGUGGAUCAGCCACAUGAAAUCCCGUAUCCUGGAUGUGUUCCGUGGUAUCGACAGAGACCAAGACGGGCGAAUCAGCCAGCAAGAGUUCAUAGAAAGUGUUAUGUCAUCCAAAUUCCCUACAAAUUCCCUAGAGAUGUCAGCUGUGGCCAAUAUCUUUGACCUGAACGGAGAUGGGUUCAUCGAUUACUAUGAAUUUGUAAGUGCUCUGCACCCCAGCAGAGAUACAUUUAGGAGAAAUGUGGAUGCAGACAAGAUUCAGGAGGAGGUCAAUAGGCAGGUAGCCCAGUGCAGCUGUGCCAAGCGCUUCAAAGUACAGCAGAUCAGUGCCAACAGAUAUAAGUUUGGAGAUUCACAACAGCUGCGGAUGGUCCGGAUCCUGCGGAGUACACUAAUGGUACGUGUUGGAGGUGGCUGGAUCGCCUUGGAUGAAUUCUUGGUCAAGAACGACCCUUGCAGAGUGAAGGGAAGAACAAACUUGAAGAUCAAGGAGAAAUACUUAUCUUCCGAUACCACAGGUAGCUCCUCAGCAAAAUAUGGAAGCACAAAACUGGCGUCUCCCAGUCAUUCCAGUUCAAACCUGAGCUUGUACAGUAGUGUCUCUGCACCCACAAGUCCCUCAUCGAAAAAGUCCCUACUGAGGAGGAGUCGCUCUGGAGACAGGAGCUGUCGACCACAAAGUUCCCCAGUUUCUGAUGGAGUCGAAUUUAAGUUUAAAGCAGCAGAAGACUGUCCAACUCCAGCUCCAACAGAAUGUAAAGGGGAAUCCAAUACAUGAAUGCUUCAAGCCCUGAAUUGAGCAAAUCAACAGAGAACAGCAGACCAGAACAGCAGUCGUCCAAAUCAGCAGCUACAAAAUGCAGCGCGUACAAGUGUGCAGAAAAUACCUCUUUCCUGGUCUCUAAGACUGAGUUUAGUGACAGACUAGCUGUACACUCAGACUCCAAGGGUCACUGAAAGGGGCUUCCGUGGACAGCAAAGAAUUUUUGGUGAAAUGAUUAUACAAAUAUGCAGCAUUCCUUUUACUCUCAGGUGUUUUAUACUGCCUUUCAUAUAGAAGCUGUGUAGUCACAUCCUAAGGGCCAAAGUAAAAUGAGGAAAUUGUUGUGAUACUUAGAUAUUUCUCAGUGUCAUCCCAUGGAUGCAUUUCUAAACAGGAAAAAAUCCAUGAAACUUGAAGACUCUUGUACUGUAAUAUCUUUCUUCUUGUGUUUGAAAAGAGCUCUCUUUGAUGGAAGGAAUGUUGUUUUGAUUACCUGCUAAUAAUUGUGUGAUUGUGAUGCCUAAUCAGCAUGCACAAACUACAAAAAUGAACCUUGGGCAAGUGACAAGGAGGAACCAUUUGUAAAGUUCAGAAUAGUUUUUUGCUUCUUUCUUCUAUAACUUGUAGUUCAGGAUGAGAAUGCCAGAAGCAGGGACUUCUCUCAUACUGUUUGCUAAAACCAUAUUUAUAUGUGGAACUUCUUUUUCUUGACUCUGCAGCUCAGAAUUUUCAGCUAUUAUUAGCAAGAUACCUGGACAUAAAACCAGAGUCUAUACUGUGAGACAUUUAUGUGUAGCAUUUAGUGAAAAUGAGUAAUUUAAAUUAUGUGGGUUAUACUGCACAGUCCAAAUAAAAGAGUACUAUAAAGUUGAGCAUAUAGUUGCAUGUGCAGUAAUAACAUAGUUGCAAAUUCUGAGGUAUGUGUAAACAGAAAACCUCAUUUGGAAAAAAAAACACAUUUUAAAUGAAUCUAUAUAUAUUGAUUUAUAAACAAGUUAACUGAGCCCAUAAACACAAAAUGUGAAUAUGUAUCUCUGAUUCUGUGCUGAGUAAAACCAAUUUGAACAAAGAAACAUAUCAAUAAUAGAGGAUAAAGCUAUACUGUUCAUAUUUAAGUGGAUAAAUGAGUCUGAUUGUGAAACCACAAAGUAUAAAUCUGGGCAUGAACUUAGUGACUGCAAAGGAUGAUGAAUGUGCCUUCUGCAAAAGUGUUAAAACUUAAACCACAGGAGCUUUGCAGACUUUCUUUUGCAUGAGUGACUCUGAAAACUUAUACUGGUCAGUAGCAGAACUGUUUUGCAACCAUAAAGCCAUCUCCAGACAUAUUCUGACAGCUCUGGGAAGUCAAAGAUGUGUAAGUGACAAAUUAUUUUUAAAUGAACGGGUUUCCCACUAACCUUCCUAUUGCUUCCUUUUAUUUCUCAUCAUUUUCUUGCGACUCUUCCUCUCCUGCAGAUUGACAUCAUCUGUUUCAUCCCUGCCUUUAGUGCCUUCUUCUCCUUCUUUCCAGUCCAUCCAGUACUUCCCAGUUUUUCUACAGCUCACACGUCUUCCUGUCAUCCUUUAGUAUUCAAACAUCUAGGAUAAGAAGGAUAAGAAAAGUGGAGUUUCACAGGUGAUCCAGAUUUGAUGUACCACUAUAAUAUGUAUCACUUGAAAGGCAGUGUGGUGAGCUGCAAGGCUAUAUCGUGUUUUGUGAGCUACCAGGAAAUUGUGUGAUUAAUUAUGUAUUUUACUUUUUCAAAUACAAUACAGUGAAACCAGGCUUACCUUCUGGAAUUUAGUCUGCAUUGAAAACAUGCUGUCCCAAUCACAUUGUAAAGACAUUAAAAUUAACAGAUAUUUUUGCAGUAGAAUGCUCUAUGAAUCUGACAGCAGCCUGCGGGAUAUUCCAUACAUCAUAUUUCAUAGAGGAAGCUCAUAGACUAGUACAGUAAUCCAAACAGAAUCCAAAUGCCUUACUAUAUAGACACCAUUUGGAAGACAAAACAAUAAAUCAGUUAGUAAGACUGGGGCACAUUCUUGGGUGAAUACUUAGAAAAUGUAGCACUUUUAGGUUUAGUUCCUCUGGAAAGUCUGCUCUUAGUAAUCUAACUUUUCAUAAUAAAUGUUAACAGAACUCUAAUGUGUAGCAUUAGAACUACUACUGUUCAGAUGGAUGGAAUUUCUUUUGUUUGCUAGACUCACCAUUAUUUAGCUGGAGGGAUUUUUUUUCUUAAGUGCAAAACUGGGAUAAGUGUUUUAAGAGUGGAAUUAAUAUUGGCAGAAACUUUCAAAUUUAUUACUAGGUAUGUUCAGAGCAGUUUAUUUUCUUAUGAGCUCAUCUCUCGUCCGCAUCCAUGUUUAUGCAUAAACAAUAGCUUUCUCAGUCACAGUAUUGGAAGGGAUACUGAAAGAAGACAAUUGUAGAUUUUCACUGUGCAUUCAAGCAAGAUAGACAGAUAGCAUAAACAUUUUGAACUGCGCUUUUUUUUUUUCAUGUAGUCUUUAAUUUUGAAAUUGGAAGAUACAAGAUAAUCUGUUACAAUCUGUGCUCAUGUGUCCUAGAUAAAUGAGUAAUUGCAAGCUUCAGUGAUGGUAACUGUUAGCAAGAACAACAAAAAAGUUUAAGGGCCAGUUCAAAAAAGUUAUACUUAGUUGCAAGUGUAUCCUGGAGGACAUCCUUGAAAUUUAUAAAUGCAAUCUGCCAAGGCUGAUGCACAGGGCAGGCAGCAUUACAGCCCAGCACUGCACCAUACCACUCAACUGUCAUUUUUUUUUCAGAAUCCCCUAAUUUCAAUUCAGGUUUUUGCCCUGUUCCUCACAAAAUUGCUGAUUUUUCUGGUAAAUUACUAAAGAUUACAGUAGGUCAAUAAUGCCAGACAUUAGACUUUCAUACUUUU